CUGUCAUGUCGGCGCUUGGUGGUGUUUAUCCGCGAAUUUUUGUUUGUUUUUGUGUUAUUUUCCUACAAUUAUCCGUGGCGCACAGCAAAAAAAGUGCUUAGAUAUGUUAAACUGUGUAUUUUGUUCGAUUUUAAGCUAACACAAUGCCAUAUUACUGCACUGUGCCUCGAUGUACUUCGAUGGCCGGGAAAGCCAAGAACGUAUCAUUCCACCAGUUUCCCAGAGAUGAGGAACUCGCUAGAUUGUGGAACGACAUUCUGAAGAGAGGGAAGCCUUACACUAAAUACUCAAAAGUGUGCAGCCUGCACUUCAAACCGGAGGAUUACACCAUAACUAGCGUCGGAAGAAAUAAAGGUCAAUGGCGUACGCUCCGCAAAGACGCGAUACCGUCUAUGAACCUGCCGCUGGAGACGCCGCCGCCAUCCCAGGGGAGGAGCAGCACCGGCGUGCCCGGGGGCAUCCCGCCCAACCUCAUGGAUCCGCAGGUGCAGCAACAAGUGGCCCAGGCCAUCUACAUGCAGACCAUGCUGGCUAUGCAGGCGGCCAGCUACCGGGGAGAGGGUGUGGACCUCAGCGUCAGACCAGACGCCCUGCAGAACCAGGAUGACGCAAGCGACCACUCAGACGAGGCAGAUCACCAGCAACCGGAGUCAUCGCACCGAGACAUGUCCGAACUAGAGAAAUUCCUGCUCAAAUACAAUAAUCUUAACGAAAUAACACGCCCUCCCGAACCGAAACAAGGUAACGAUCCCACGUCAUACCAGUGUCAAGAUUGUACUAAAUGUUUCAAAGACCCCGAUGUGUUUUUACUGCAUAAACGCACUCACAUGCCACAAGAUGGCGCUGUUAAAGACGAAGCGCAGAAUCGCACGAUUUCGCCGCUAGAUGGCGUUGUAAGCGAAGAAAACUCAAACGUUAAAGUUAAAAACGAUAGCACUCUACGCGCUAAUCCAAUACUAGCUAAUCUGUUAAAACCUGAAGAGACUAAAGUGCCUGCUAGUGUUAAUUUAGGUAAGGAAAUAAUGCAAGCCAUGGCUUUAAAUAUGGAGGCUUAUUUUAGAAGUAUUGUAGCUACGAAAAAGGGUUACAUAGAGGAUUCAGGAUCGGAGUCAGAAAGGUGUGAAGAGUUGAAUGGAUCGAGCGAAUCGAAUAGGCUGAUUAUUGACGAAACUGUGUAGUUUAGUAAUCUGGAAAUGGAGUGUAAUAGAUGAAAUAUCACAAUGCCUAUAACAUUCAAGAAGCUAAGCA